AUGCUUUUACCAGGCCAAGCCGGUGUGAACCAACUCGGUGGGGUCUUUGUGAACGGCAGACCUCUCCCUGACAUGGUGCGGAAGAGAAUCGUGGAACUGGCGAUUCUUGGAGUCAGACCUUGUGACAUUAGCAGACAACUGCUGGUCUCCCAUGGCUGCGUGUCCAAGAUUCUAACACGGUUUUACGAGACAGGAUCUAUUAGACCUGGAUCUAUUGGUGGAAGUAAGACUAAGCAAGUAGCAACACCAACUGUCGUGAAGAAGAUCCUUCGGCUGAAACAAGAAAACCCUGGCAUGUUCGCGUGGGAGAUACGCGAGCGGCUUCUCAGCGCAAGGGUCUGCGAACCACACUCCAUACCUUCCGUGUCUUCAGUUAACAGGAUCCUGAGGAACAGCGGUUUAGCCUGGAGUGACGAUGAGACGAGGAACCCCCACGAAGCCUAUCCACCACCCGAAUUGACACCCAACAUGUUGGACUACAUGAAGAACAUGCCGCCGACCUUGCCUCAGCAGACACCGUACUUCCCCCACACAGCAGUCCGUGUACCGCCACCACAAACCGAAUACGACAGGCGCUUAGCGACCACCUGGCUGCUAGCAAAUCAACAGGCUCAGCUCCUCAAACCGUACCCCAUAUCACCAUGGCAACGUGUCAUGAUGCCGUAUCCAGAUAAACUCCCCCCCUAUUCGAUACACCUCCAAGAAAGGCAGGAUGAAGUGAAAUCGGAGACGUCAGAACAAAUAUCUGUGGAAGCAAGCGACGACAGUACAGAUAGACCCGAUGUCGACGAGUCGAAGGUUAAGGAGAAGAAGAAGAACCCCUACUCUAUUGAGGAGCUUUUGAAGAAGCCCGAUAAGAUAGCUAACACCAAUCCUAUCGGGUUCCAGAACUUUCUUAGACAGCCGAGUGGUAGCUUGAUUGAGUGUGAGAAGACUUUGAGUAACCGGAGUUCACCGGCGAGUUUUUGUUCAGGACAAAGCGGUGGAUCUAUUGACUGUUCUGUGGAAUCAACUUCUGAAAAAUAG